AAAAUUCUAGCUAAAGUUGAAAAAUUGAAGAGCGAAAUGAUCCAUAAACAUAGUUAACUGCGCAACGUAACGAAGAAAUAACUUAGCAGAAGGAUUCUAAUGGCGGGCCACUUCCCGCCGGCAGCCGAACUGACUACCAGUGGCCGUCCGGUGCUGCUCCCAAACGAAAUUGAAUGCUCAAUCCUCUCUUCCGUCGACCUCGAGUGCGAUGAAAUUCCGACUUUCCCUCUCCUAAAGUCUGGCAUUAUCAUCCUUACCACUCAUCGUAUUGUCUGGAUUUCUGACUCGACCAAUUCCUCCAAUUCCGCUGUCGCGGUGCCUCUCGCCGCUGUUAACCAUAUCUUUUCGUCGAAGAAGGGCAUCAAAUCGAUGUUCUCCUCGCCCAGGGUCCGUUUCCAGGUAUCGUUUCCCUCUGGCGGGGUUUCGAGAUUGGCUGUGAUCACGAUUGUAAUUAGGGGAAAGGGGGAUCACGAGGUCUUUGUAAGCAAGUUUUGGGAGAACUGGCGAGCCAGGGCGUGGGAGAAUGAUGAUAAUAGUAAACAUUCCAGCAGCAGUUCUGCGUCGGGGCCGAAUUCUACUGGGUCUGGUGGAUUCUAUUCGAGUGAAGGAACGGUGAGGAUGGUUGGAGUGGCGGGAAUUUUGAGGAAGGAGCAAGAGAUGUGGGAGAAUACUGAUAAGAGUUUACAAGACGCUUUCCAGGAUCUAAAUGCUUUAAUGAGUAAAGCUAAAGAAAUGGUAAUGCUAGCAGAAAAGAUGAGACAAAAACUUCUAUCCAGUACAAAUUCACAUAGUGGUGCUACAAACGAUGAUGAAGUAGCUUCAAAAGAAGAAAUACAAGAUUGGUUGUUGAGUGUUGGUAUCAUUUCCCCUGUGACGAAAGAGUCGGCUGGUGCUCUUUAUCAUCAGCAGUUGUCUCGUCAGCUGGCAGAUUUUGUUCGAACUCCACUUGAUAUAGCCGGUGGAAUGAUCAGUCUUAUAGAUAUAUACUGUCUAUUCAAUCGUGCUCGAGGAACAGAAUUGAUCUCACCAGAUGAUUUGUUGCAAGCAUGUUUGCUUUGGGAGAAGAUUGACGUUCCAGUAAUGCUCCGGAAAUUUGACAGUGGAGUCAUGGUAAUCCAGAGUAAAUCCUACAGUGAUGAUGAGGUUCUUGCUAGAAUAAGAACUCUCGUAACAAAGCCCGAUGCUCUCCAAUUCGGUGUUAGCGCCAGUGAUGCUGCAAGGACUCUUGGGAUUGCUCCAGCUAUGGCCAAGGAGCAUCUUUUAACAGCAGAGAGUAGAGGUUUACUGUGCAGAGAUGUCAGCCCUGAAGGGUUCCGGUUUUAUAUUAACCUAUUCCCUGAGAUCAACUCAGAAGAUUUAUAUUUGGUUAAAGAUUAUACAGUCUAUGCCUCAUGGAUCAAGGCCAUCAUUGCUAAUAGGCCGAGAUAAGGAUACAUAAGAUGACAAAUUCUACCAUGAAAGAUUUGGAUGGGCGCUAAAUUGGGCGAAGGAUUUCCUAUACCCACACGUCUGUAAUGCCUGCUGCUUCUGUCUAUUCAAGUAGCAAUUGCAUGGAAGGGAACGUGCAAUUAUUUCUUUCGACUUUCAAUAUCUGCCCGAGUAAAACGGCAGGUGGUAUUCGGGAAUUUGAGGCAUUGUUCCAUUUGGAUUACUUUUUCCAUGGUAAUGUAAUCACAUUGAUCAUUCAGAAGAGAUCUUGGUAAAUCACCAUGAAGUCUUGUUCUAUAGGAAGGAAAAUAAACAAUUAUGUAUUUUUAUUGCUGCCCAUGUACUGUAUAAAACGUUUUGCCCUUGUUACUGGAAGGCUAUGCUCAAGAGUAAUGUUUAAAUUAAGACCAUGUUUACCGAUCUGUGAUAAAAA